AUGCAAAUUCCUGUUCAGGUAGCCUUCUUACAACUAGAACAAAUGGGUAAAAAAAGAGCAUUUCCAGGGCAACAGCUAUUAAAUAAACUUGAAAAGCAGAUCCUCAAGAAAUAUAAGCCU